UAAAAAGGUUACCAAUGUGGCAAAAUCAUUGGGAGGUUCUAUCUCCAAAAGGAAGGUCACUUCAACUCCGUCGGUAUCAACAACACCUUCGAUUAGUAAUUAUAAUUAUGAACAAAUUAUCUAGAAGGGUACGACCAAGAAUUACACAAUUAUGCAGAAGAAGUGGAAAGAGAAAUACAAAUUGAUGAUGAAGAAGAACAAGAAGAGGAACCAAUGACCCCCCUAUUGGGAUACAUAAUUCUCGACAGUCAUCAACAAGAUCACAUGAAGAACAACUACAAUAACAACAACAAAGACAAGCUCGUGGUAAACGAGUCAAUUUCCAAACUAUCGAUGAAGAUGAACCAGUAAGACAACCUUUUCCGGCAAUGCCACCUCCUAGUGGUAGAGCUGUUUCACAUGUGUGGUCGUAUUUUACAAAAGAACCAACCGACAAUCCAGAUGUUUUCUUAUGCACUCGUCAAAUUUGUGAAAGUCAAAGAGUAAAACCUUUAGUUUCAUACAAUUUCGCCAGAGGUGGUGGUACGGGAUCUUUUAACAAAAAUUUGGCAAAGAAGCAUGGAAUCACAAAAGAAACUCAUGCAGCAAGUCGCAGCGGGACCACAAUUGGAAGCCGACAGUGGGACAUUCCCAGCACAGGUAUGCCUUUUAAAUAUAAUCGUAAUGAUAUGAUUAAUGAAUUUUCUAAGUAUGUAAUUUGUGAUGAAUUGCCAUUUAACCAUGGUGAAAGUAGGGCAUACGAGCGUUACACUAGAAAAACUUUGCAACCACAAUAUAGAGCAAUCUCUAGGAGCACUCUUAAACGACGCACAAUUAAAUUAUAUGAAUCAAUGCGCUAUGAAUUAGUAGAAAUGUUUAAAGCUUUUAAUGGUAGGGUUAGCAUAACAACUGACAUUUGUCCGCUCCCCCACAUUUAGAAUCUUAUAUGUGUGUAACAGUACAUUGGAUAGAUCAAAAUUGGAUUAUUCGAAAAAGAAUAAUUGCUUUUGAGACAAUGCUCGAAAGACAUACGGGUGAAAACAUAAAAUACAGAUUAGUAGAGAUAUGUAGAGAAUGGAACUUAUUAGAUAAGAUAUUUUUUUGUUCUACCGAUAAUGCAACCGCUAACAUUAAAUGUAUAGAACUUUUGUAUAACGAACCUGCAUUUAGUUUUAUCCUUGGGGGUAGAUUAUUACACAUACGUUGUUGUGCUCAUAUAGUAAACUUAUCUUGCCAAGCAGGUAUAAAAAAAUUAAGUGAUUUAUUAGAUCUAAUUAGAGACAUAGUGAAGUGGCUUAGAAUCGGACAGAUAAAGAGACGAUAUAAGCAAUUAUGAGACCAUUAUCAACUAAAAAAAGUGUAUUGGUCACUAGAUACUCCUACACGUUGGGGCUCAAUCAACGAUUUAUUAAGAAAAGCGAUUGCUUAUCGUCCAGUUAUAACACAACUUUAUAGUGAAUGUACAGAUAGCUAUAUAAUUGAUGACACAUGGGAACUAGCUAUAGGUGUACAUAAAAUAUUAGAAGCGUAUGACCACGCAACUAAGAUUUUUUCAUAUGUUUAUGAAGCAAACGUCCACUUAGUAAUAAGUGAGUGUAUUACUAUUUUUUAUCAUCUUCUUAAACAUACGCAUGAUGAUACUAACCCAUAUUUAAAGCCGAUUCUUGCAGAUAUGAUGGAUAUGUGGAAGACAUAUUUUACCGAUUUUCCUUUUAUUUAUGGAAUUGCAACCAUUUUAGACCCAUGUUUUAAGACAUAAGUCCUCACUAAAGUAAUUGGAUUUUAUUACCAAUUAUUAGAUCGCCCACCUAGUGAUGUACAUAAUUAUGUUGGAACUUGUAAAAAACUUUUAGUAGAACUUUAUGAUUACUAUGCUAGUUUAUACAACCCAAAACGCGAUACGUCUACGCGUGCUAGCGUCUCGGCACGUCCCUCUUAUUAUAAUUCCGUAAUAGCUAAUAUAAUGAGCCAAGAUGAUAGUUUUAUAGGAUCAUCUUCUUCUUCACCCUCCACUGCAUAUUUAGAAUUAGAUAAUUAUCUUAAACAUCACUUUGAAAUUGACCAAGGUAGCUAUAAUAUUUUAAAGUGGUGGAAAGAAAAAUCUAUAAAAUUUCCCAUAUUAUCGAGAAUUGCAAAGGAUAUACUUGCAAUUCCUGCUUCUACGAUUGCGUCGGAGUCUGCUUUUAGUGCAGGUAGAAGAGUUUUAGACGAAAAGAGAUCUCGUCUUGCUCCACAUAGUAUUCAAAUAUGUGUUUGCAAGAAAGAUUGGGAUCAAGCAGAGAUUCGAACACAAGGACUAAGGAAUGAUGAUGAUCAAGACGAUGAUGAUGAUUCAUGGAUGAUGAUGGAUACAUCUGCAUCAUCGUCAGGAGGAGAGUCAGCGGAAGCAUCUAACCAACCAGAUGAUGAUGACAAAGACGAAUAGGA